UGCGCAUAUUUUUGCGCCUCUUCUUUGUGAAUACAACAACUACGAGGGCGUAUAUUUAGGCCAUAUUUUGCAAAGAAAUCUGUGCCUGAAGUCUCCCGAAAAACCGCUCCGAAUCCUCCUUCAAAUCUAUCAAUCCCGCAAACCCCUCCAUCAUGGCGUCCAACGGCACAGCCGAAAGCGAGGAGAUCGAUCUCUAUGAACUCCUUGGGAUCUCCAAGACUGCCACGAAAACUGAAGUCAAAAAGGCGUAUCACAAGGUGCGUAUUGUCUGCAGCCUCGCAGUGACGACGCUGACAAGUUCUAGGCUGCCUUACAGCAUCACCCCGACAAAGUCGCAGAGGAAUUGAGAGAAGAGUCUGAAUUGAAGUUCAAGGCAGUUAGCCAAGCAUACGAAAUCUUAUAUGAUGAGGAGAAGAGACAUCUCUACGACACCCAUGGCAUGGCCGCCUUCGAUCCCAGCCGAGGAGGUCCUGGAGGUCCUGGCGGGGUAGAUCUGGAUGAUAUACUGGCCCAAAUGUUCGGUAUGGGAGGUGGUAUGGGCGGUGGUAUGCCUCCAGGAUUUGGUGGUGAGGGUGGCCCAAAACGACAAAGACGAGGACGGGACGAGGAACAGAAGUACCGGGUUACUUUGGAGGAACUCUACAAAGGAAAGACUGUCAAGUUUGCCAGUACAAAGAACAUCAUUUGCAGUCACUGUAAAGGCACCGGCGGAAAGGAGAAAUCUAAGCCAGCAACCUGCGAGAGAUGUAAGGGUAAUGGUGUCACAGUUGGGCUUCGAUCUGUCGGUCCAGGACUGGUUACCCAGGAGAGAAUGGUCUGCGAUACUUGCUCGGGUACAGGAAAAAUAUUCAAGGAGAAGGAUAGAUGCAAGAAGUGUAAGGGAAAGCGGACAACCUCGGAAAAAAAGGUACUGGAGAUUUACAUCCCGAGAGGAGCGCGUGAGGGCGAACGGAUAGUUCUGGAAGGCGAGGCAGAUCAAGUACCGGAUCAGAUCCCUGGGGAUAUCGUUUUCACACUUGUUGAGGAGGAUCAUGAGAUCUUCCAGAGAGCUGGUGAUGAUCUCUCAGCGGAAUUGAAUGUUACCCUUGCGGAAGCUCUCACUGGAUUCUCAAGAGUAGUCUUGAAGCACUUGGACGGCCGUGGUAUCCACCUCAAUCAUCCUCAAGGAAAGGUUCUCAGACCCGGUCAAAUAUUAAAGGUUGCAGGAGAGGGAAUGCCACUGAAGAAGAGUGAUGCCAAGGGAGAUCUCUACUUGGUCGUUAAAGUCGAGUUCCCUGAGGAUGGAUGGACCGAGGAUGCUUCAGCUUUUGCCGAGCUGAACAAAGUUCUACCCAAACCUGCGCCAGCUAUUGAAGCUACUGAAAUUGAUGAAGUGGAGUAUGACUCUGAUGCUGAGAUUGACGAUUUUGGUGCCAAUUCUGGAGAUCCACGCGCUGGUGGUGGUUGGGAAGAUGAUGAUGAGGAGGAGGGCCAAGCACAAUGUGCACCUCAGUGAUUGUCUUUCAUGAUAACGAUUGUCUUUGCAUCUCGGCGGCUUUUUUCAUGACGGUGUAUCACAGGGUUUUUAUGAUGAUAGAUGAGAAUCAGGGUUGGUCUUCCGCGGUUCUUAUGGAUAAUUACCGUACAUAGACCAGGCGUAAAAUUUGAAUUAAUGGCAUGUCUCCCAUCACGUCAAAACAUAUCCUUUCCCUAUCGUGGACAUCAUCUAGUAUUAGAACAUAGACCAGAUGCAUUGGAAAGCCCGUGCCAAAAAAUGCGGGCAGACAUCCCGAUCUUUUUGAAG